AUGCGAGCCUACCCGACCAGCGCGAUAGGCACCGUGGCCACGUUCCUGGCCGGGUUCGUGGCGCACGACGUGCUGGGGCCCGCGCUGCGGGCCUGGCCACGAGCUGGAGGGCAGCUCGACGAGCAGCACCUCCACGAGCACCAGCAUCGUGCUGGCUUGCUCGUGCCCGGCGCCGCCGGCGCCGAGAGGCCCCAGGCCGGCGCCGCUUCGAUUCCAGUGACGAUGGCUGACGACAAUAUUUGCCCUGGGCUCAGGGUGCUGGUGACGUACAGUGACGACCCGGGCUGGACGCACGAACGAGUAUUAGUGUGGCCUCGCAAUGAGGCUCGCACGAGUUGGCAGAUCUACACGCCUGGCAAUGAUUUAUACGCCGAGGACUUCGGCGACUACGCCUCGCUCAUCCCGAUGACGGGGCGGAGGCGGCAUCCGCCGGGCGUCAGAAACGUGGUGGCGUUCAACUGGGAGCUGCAGGCGGCUGAGUGGGUCUCGCUCAUCAAACGCGGUCGAGGCGAAGCCGUCCUCGAACACGGGCUGCCAGCGAACGGCUGGUGGGCCGGCGCUGGCCAGGACUGGCGCGGAGGCAGGCUGGACAUCCCCGCGCCGACGGCAGUGGAGGUCCCUCGCGCACGGCGCCGCCUGCGCAAGAAGGGCGCGGAGGAUGAGAUGGGCGAGUGGCGGCUCAUAGAAUAUGUGCAGGACGAUCAGGCCGACAGCUGGCGAGACGACAAGCUGGUGGCGGCGGAUCGGCAGCGGCCACCCCGAGGCGCCCUUGGGGAUCGGCUCUUCGGCGGCGGCGGAGGCGGUACCGCAACGCCCCCUGGGGGGCCCGCGGUCGCGGCCGUCGCAUCUGGCACUGGCGAGGAGCAGGCCGAGGAUCUGCGCGCGUGCUGGAUCGACGUUGACGAGACAGGCUCGAGGUUCAAGGAAUGGCGCAAGGUGGUGCAGGAGAGCACGCAGGAGGUGCUCUCGGACUCGAGCCUGCGCGGGCCGCCUGCUUGCCUGGAGGCAUACGCGCACGGUGCGGACCACGCGAACUGGGCGGCGGCGAAGCACCCGGCGGGGACGACGAACCCGCUGGACCUGGUGCCCGAGGCGCUGCGGAGCUACGCCAGCCGGCUGAGCAAGGAGGAGCACGAGCUGGAGGCGCUGCGGGCGCGGGCGAAGACGCCUAUCGAGGGGCACCAGUGGGCUACGCGGCGCUUCCUUUUUGCCGCUGGCCCACCUGAGCGAGCUGCCUCCCGAAUGAAGAUGUAUGCUAUUUCGGCGGACGUGCAGCAGCGCGUCUUCUCGGCGGCUCGCCGAUGGAUAGACGUUGACAGCGCCGUCAGUGAGGAGGAGGCCCUUGCCAGGCUUCUUAAGGGCAAGGCGGGGUAUGCCCCCCUUGGCUCGACCAGCACGGGCUCCUACGAGUACUCGCGGGUGAGCUUGCCAGACAGCGUCGUCGACGCGCCGUUUCUGACCACCAUGCUCCCUGCGCAGGCAAAGCAAUACCUCGAGGAGUUUGCUUCCAGGAUGCUGCUGCCGCCUCGGGAAGCAGCCCUAAUACGAGAACUCGAUGGGCUUCCUGGUUGUCACGCCGACCCUCUGUUGCUGCAACGGCAGCGCAGCUAUGGGAAGUUCGCGCGGCGAGCGCUCUCGAUAGGUCUAGGGCUCGGCCGCAUAGAGAUGCCCAUCAUGGAGGUCUCCGACUUCACCGGGCUCUGCGCGGUGCUUGGCGUGGGCGACGUUGCCGACUGCUUCCACAGGAUGAAGCUGCAGGGCGACAUCAGGCACUAUUUGUGCUGGCCGCCGCUGGAUGCUGCUUUGACUGGAGAGGCGCUGGUCGAAGGGCGCCCUGUGCACGCUGGCGAGCAGGUUUGGCCGAUGAGCCAGAGCCUGCCGAUGGGCUUUUCGUGGUCCUUGUACUUCGCCCGGGCCGCCAACCAGUGCAGGCUCGAUCGACAGCCGUCGUUAGCGGGUAGCCUGCGUCUGAGCGAUCGCGGGCCGCCGCUUGUCCUUGGACAAGGCGCCGCGGGCUCGGAGCUGGGCCACUACAUGUGCGUCGACAGUGCUGGCGUGAUUGGUUUCGACGCAGCGCGUGUGACAUGCGCGCUGCAGGAGGCCCAGCGUGACUUCGAUGGCGAUCACCUGAAGUUCCACGAGGUUGCCGGCUGGCAGCUGGAGAUGGUGCUGGGCCACAUGACCUUCAUGGCCCUGGUUCGCCGCGAAGUGUUGUCAAUCUUCCACCCGGUCUACGCUUUUGUGGCGCAAAGCUACCACACCUUCUCCGUGCUGUGGCCCACCGUGCGCGAUGAGUUGAACUGCUACCUGGGCAUCGUGGUGAUGCUGGAGUCGAGCUGGACCAGGCCGUGGACGCCAGUGGUCUACUCUUCCGACGCCAGCCUGCACGGCUACGGCGUUGCGGAAGCCUGCUUCGGGACCGAGACGGUGGCGGAGAUUGGCCGCGUUUCGGAGCUGGCGCGGUGGCGGCUGGGUGCUGGGCUGGCGAGGCAGCAUGCCUUCGAGUGCGCUGGCUUCCUCUUGGACCGCGAGACCGGCGAGGUCGUCCGAGAUGAGGCGGGGGCCCCGAAGCGGCUGGACGCCGAGCUCCAGCGCGUGCUGGCCAGCGAGCGCUGGGAGCUGGACCCGAGCUUCCACGAGGUGGCCAGCUGGCUCCUGCACGACUCGCAUUGGGCCACGGUCAUGGCCGACCGAUGGGCCUUCGCCGAUGAUAUCUUUAGACUCGAGACACGAGCGCUGGUGAAGGCUGCAGCUCGAGAGGGCAGUCGGCGGCGGACGCUGAGCCGAACUGCCGUGCCGACGCCAGCCGCCCCGCUCGAGACGGGCCGCAGGCGGGCGCGGGCGCUGAGCAGCACUGGUCGCCGACUGGAGUCAGGGGGGCCGCCGCCGGCGCAGAGGUCCCGCACGCUGGACCAGAGCCGCGGGCUGGCCGCGAGGCUGGUGCUCGAGGGCGCUGCCCGGCCGCCGCAGCAGAGCUCAGUAGAAGCUUGCUUGCGGCUGAGCCCCGACGAGCCGCGCCAGGCCGGCAAGGCCAUUGCAGGCCACGGGGUUGCCGAGGUCGAGGCGGAGAGCGAGAGCGUCGAGAGCAGCGACGCCGAGGAGCCGCCGGCUGCCGCGCGCCCCCGAAGGCGUCUGGAGACGCGCGGGAAGGCGCGGAUCAGGAAGGCGAUCGAGGUGUUCGAGACCGCAGAGUCGGGCAGGGACGACGUGAAGCUGGGCAUCAGCUACCUCGAGAAGAGAUCGGUGGGCGCAGGCACCUUGGAGACCUACCGCCAGUGCGUGCUCGCAUUCUGCGUCUGGGCCCGCUGCUGCCUCACGGCCCUGCCCGAGCUCAAGGAGCUGGGCGGCCAGCUGGUCGAAUACAUGAACGAGGAGUUCUUGAAGGGCGUCAAGGCCUGGCGGGGCGAGAAGCUGCUCGCUGGGCUGAUGUUCUUCUACCCGGACUUCGGCCGCCUGGGCGGGCUGCGUCUACCGAGGUCUUGGCGCUGCCUGAAAGGGUGGAAGAAGCUUUCACCAUCUCGAUCUCGGAAGCCCUUGGUGUUCGCGAUCUGGGCGGCGUUGGCAGUGGAACUCUGCCGCCUGGGGGCGCCUCUAGUAGGCGCGAUGGUGCUAAUCAUGGUGGAGUGCUACCUUCGGCCAGGAGAGAUGCUGAGCCUCACGAGCGAUUCAUUUCUGGCGCCGACGGAGCAUGCAGUGCAGAACUGGGUUGUAUGGCUGUUUCCAGAGGCUGGGGUGGCUCGGAGCAAGGUGGGGUCAGCGGACGAUACCAUCCCUUGCGAUUCAGGACGUUGCCCGUGGAUGUGUCACAUCUUCAAGGCCUUGAAGGGUCGUCAGUCAUCCCGGCCCCUCCUGGACUUGAGCUACCCGCAGUUCCUGCGCUUCUUCCGGAGAGCGGCCACGAACAUCGGAGCCGACGUCGUCCCACACCAAGGCCGGCACAGCGGAGCAUCGCUGGAUCGGGCAACGGGACGACGCUCUCUGGAAGAGGUGCAGAAAAGAGGGCGAUGGGCGGCGAUGAGUUCGGUGAAGAGAUACGAAAAGUCAGGACGACCGAACGAGAGUUGGGAGAAGCUGGGCGACGCCUCCAAGGCGCACUGCGCCGCGGCGGCGAAGCUGCUGCAGGAGGUGCUGAUGCUGGGACGGCCCGCGCCUGCGCCGCCGUACGGCGGCCGCGAGGGCUCUCGCGGGCUCCGCUGA